CUGCGAGUCGUUUUUUCGAGUCUUUCUCUCUCUCUCGUUACCGUAUUUGUGUUUGGUGGAUUCUGUGUCUAUAGAGGUGAGACCCUCUCUCUCUGUUUUCUUCUUGCAUGCCAUGGAACUCAUUCUGAAACUCCAGAGAGGGAGAGAAAGAGCGAGAGCGGUGCUUUUUAUGAUAUAAUGUGGACUCAUGCAUGAUUGGUCCGACCGCGUCUUUUCUUUCUCUCUCUUGCAUUCUUCUCUAGUUCACUAUUAGUAAAAUACCCAUCUCUCUGUCUCUGUCUCCCUGCUGCCCAAAUUGGGAUUCUUAAGGCUGUAGUUCAUAGAGUCCGAGGUAAAUUUUUUUCGUUACUUGGUGUUGUUUGGUUGUGGCCGAUUUGGUGAAUUCUUCGUGAUGGGCCCGGUCAGAGGGGCAGCUAAGAAAAGGAGGAAGAUCGAGAAGCAGAUCAAUGGUGAUAAGGUUCCUGCCCAGGAGCAGGACCCAGCAGAUUGGUGGGAUGGUCUCUCUCGUCGGAUUAGUGGACCUCUGGCAUUAGCAAAUGCACCUAACAAGAUUGAGUCUGUCUUCAAGGUUUCAACAAAGACAUUUGAUUACAUUUAUUCCCUUGUGAAAGAAGAUCUAAUGGCAAAGAGUUCAAGCUUUGUGGGUCUAGAUGGCAAGCCACUUUCUUUGAAGGAUCAAGUAGCGAUUGCUCUGAGAAGGCUAAGUUCAGGGGAGUCCUUAUUAACUGUUGGGGAUUUCUUUAGUGUUAGUCCAUCUGUAGUAUCCCAAGUGACCUGGCGCUUUGUAGAAGCCAUGGAAGAAAGGGGUCUUCAUCACCUUAGAUGGCCAAAUCCUGAGGAGAUGAAGGUCAUAAAGGCUAAGUUUGAAAAAAUCCGUGGACUCCCCAACUGUUGUGGUGCCAUAGACACAACCCACAUUGUAAUGAGUCUACCUUCAGUGGAAGCAUCAAAGGUGUGGUACGAUAAAGAGGAGAACUACAGCAUGGUGUUGCAGGCAAUUGUAGACCCAGAGAUGAGGUUCAGAGACAUUGUAACUGGUUGGCCAGGAAGUGUCACUGAUUCAUGUCUACUCAAAAGUUCUGGUUUUUUCAAACUAUGUGAGAAGGGUAAACGGCUGAAUGGGAACGUGAUAGAGCUUCCAGAAGGAUCGCAUGUGAGAGAAUACGUGGUUGGAGACAUAGGGUUUCCAUUACUUCCCUGGCUUGUCACUCCUUAUCCUGGCAAGGACAUCUCCAUCUGCAAAGUGGAGUUCAACAAACGGCAUUAUGCCACCAGAAUGGUUGCACAGAGAGCAUUGGCAAGAUUGAAGGAGAUGUGGAAGAUAGUCCAAGGUGUGAUGUGGAGACCAGACAAACACAAACUACCAAGAAUAAUUCUUGUCUGCUGUUUGCUUCACAACAUAAUAAUUGACAUGGAGGACGAGGUGCAGGACGAACUGCCCCUUUCUCACCACCAUGAUACAGGGUACAGGCAACAAUUUUGCCACUCUAUGGACAAAAGUGCGUUCAUUCAGAGGGACAAGCUUUCUCAGUAUCUAUCUGAUGGAUUGCCUCCUUAACAAGAGAUCUUUCAUCAGUACUGGCUGGGUAAUUGAGGCUCUUCCCUUCUCAUUCUUAGCAGAUAAUUUUUGUACGCCUUCAGUGGUACCUUGUUUCUGAGUCUAUAUAAAAUUUGUCGAUAAAACCAUGAGAUUUCACUUUGUAUUAAAGCAUGAGCGUCGAGCCAUAAUCCUCAACAGAUACAAAAUUACUGAGUCAAGAUAAACACUGCAGCACCUGAGGCUAGGUCGAAUUUAUCUUACCCGAAUUGGCAGUUCC